AUGGAACAGGAUAGAAGGAACCAUGUUGAGGGCAACAGACUGAGUCCAUUCCUGAUACCAUCUUCUUCUCCUGUUUGCCAGACAGAACCUCUGGCUAUAAAGCUCCAGAAUGGAAGCCCAUUAACGAAGAGACCUUAUCCAGAAGUAAAUGGAGACACCAAGUGGCAGUCUUUCAAGAGUUAUUAUGGAAUACCCCACAUGAAAGGAAGUCAGAAUAGUCGCGUGAGUCCAGACUUUAUACAAGAAAGUAGAGGGUAUUCCAGAUGUUUGCAAAAUGGAGGGAUAAAACGCACAGUUAGUGAACCUUCUCUCUCUGGGCUCCAUCAGAACAAGAAACUGAAACAAGACCAAAAGGCCAAUGGAGAAAGAAAGAACUUCGGGGAAAGCCAAGAAAGAAAUCCAGGCAAAGGCAGCAGUCAACCAAAUGUCUCCGAUAUGAAUGAUAAGAGAGAAUCUGUUAGCUCUGCAGCCCAAGAAAAUGAAGUUAAAGAUUUCACUGUUUUUUCAUCACAUAACUGCAGUGGAUCUGAAAAUCCAGAGCUUCAGAUUCUGAACCAACAGGAGGGGAAAAAUGCUAACUACCACGACAAGAACAUUGUAUUACUUCUUAAAAAUAAGGCAGUGCUAAUGCCUAAUGGUGCUACAGUUUCUGCCUCUUCCAUGGAAAACACACAUGGUGAACUCCUGGAAAAAACGCUGUCUCAAUAUUAUCCAGAUUGUGUUUCCAUUGCGGUGCAGAAAACCACAUCUCACAUACAUGCCAUUAACAGUCAGGCUACUAAUGAGUUGUCCUGUGAGAUCACUCACCCAUCGCAUACCUCAGGGCAGAUCAAUUUCCCACAGACCUCGAACUCUGAGCUGCCUCCAGAGCCAGCUGCAGUGGUGACUGAGGCCUGUGGUGCUGAUAGUGCCAGUAAACCAGCUGCAAUGCUAGGGCCCUGUCCCUUUCAGAAACCAGAACAACGAAAGUCAGUUUUUGAGAUAUGCACGUCUCCGGCAGAAAACAGUAACAUCCAAGGAACCACAAAGCUAGUAUCUGGUGAAGAAUUCUGUUCGGGUUCCAGCAGCAAUUUGCAGGCUCCUGGUGGCAGCUCUGAACGGUAUUUAAAGCAAAAUGAAAUGAAUGGUGCUUACUUCAAGCAAAGCUCAGUGUUCACUAAGGAUUCCUUUUCUGCCACUACCACACCACCACCAUCACAAUUGCUUCUUUCUCCCCCUCCACCUCUUCCGCAGGUUCCUCAGCUUCCUUCUGAAGGAAAAAGCAUUCUGAAUGAUGGAGUUUUGGAAAAACACCAUCACUACCCCAACCAAAGUAACACACCUCUUUUAAGGGAAGUGAAAAUAGAGGGUCAACACGAGGCACCACCAUCCCAGAGUCCAACUCCCUCUACACAAGUAUCCAACCCCUCUCCGAUGCUUCCAGAAAGGCCUCAGAAUUAUUGUGUUAACAAGAAUGACAUACGGACUCCAGGGACAAUGACGGUUCCAUUGUGUUCUGAGAAAACAAGACAACUAUCAGAACGUCUCAAACAUAACCCACCAAUUCUUGGUAGCAGUGGAGAUGCACAGGACCACUGCCAGCAGUUGAUGGGACACAAAGAGCAAGAGAUCUUCAAGAGUCAAGACAAGGAACACACACGAGACCCUGUGCUCCCAACACAGCCCUAUCUGAAACCAGGAUGGAUUGAAUUGAAGGUCCCUCACUGUCAUCAAGCAGAAUCCCAUCUGAAAUGUAAUGAGGCAACCCUGCGGUCAAUUCUUCAGUAUCAGUCCAACCCCUCCCAUCAAAUGACCUCCAAACAAUACACUGGAAAUUCCAACGUGCCUGGGGGGCUCCUAGGGCAAGCUUACACCCAGAAAAUAAUGCAACCGGAGCAGAGACCACCAAGGUACCAAGCUGAGAUGAAUCAAGGGCAGUCUCAAGGUACAGUGGACCAGCAUCUCCAGUUCCAAAAACCCUCACUCCACGUGCGCUUCUCCAAAACAGACCCUUCACCCGAAGCUCACAGACAGUCAGUCUGUGCCCUGAGGUGUCAUUUCCAACAAAGACCAGAUCCCCAAACUGAGAAACUCAUGCCCCCAACAUUGAAACGGCACUUGAAUCAACAGGCUUCCGAGACUGACCCAUUCUCAAACUCACACCUCUCACAACAUAAGCCUCAUAAGCAGGCAGCACAAACACAACCAUCCCAGACUUCACAUCUCUCUCAAAACCAGCAACAGCAGCAAAAACUACAGAUGAAGAAUAAGGAACAAAUGCCCAAGACCUUUUCUCAUCCCCAAGGCAACAAUGAUCAGCAAAGAGAAGGAUCAUUCUUUAGCCAGAUUAAAGUAGAAGAAUGCUUUCGUGGUGAAGAUCAACUUUCAAAAUCAAGUGAGUUCCAGACUCAUAAUCCCCAAGUGAGACUGGAGCAAGUACAGAAUAUGAAUAGUAUAAAUUCCCACUAUGGUCAGAUCUUGAAGUCAAAUGCAAGCAAAGUGCAGAUUUCUUGUUCAAACAAUAUACACGUAGUUCCAGAAAAUAAAGAACAGACUGUAAAUUCUGAACUCUUUGCAGGAAACAAGAUCCCAAACUCUCAUCACAUGCAAUAUUUUCCAAAUAAUGUGACCCCAAAGCAAGAUGUUCUUCACAGGUGCUUUCAAGAACUAGAACAGAAGCCUCAACAAGCUUCAGUUCUACAGGGAUAUAAAAAUAGAAACCAAGAUAUGUCUAGUCAACAAGCUGCACAGCUAGCUCAGCAAAGGUACCUGAUGCAAAACCAAGCAAAUGCGUUCCCUUUGCCCAAUCAGGCAGGAAGUCACAUUCAGACCCUGCCCCAGAAGGACAUCCAAAAGCAUGCUGCUCUAAGGUGGCACCUUUUGCAGAAGCAAGAACAGCAGCAAACACAACAACUCCAAGCCGAGUCUUGCCAUAGUCAGAUGCAAAGGCCUAUUAAAGUUGAACCAGGAUCCAAGCCCCACGCCUGUAUGCGCCUCAUGUCAGCACAGCCAGAAAACAAAAUGUGGAAAAAGAUACCCAAGCAAGAGAUUCCACCUCCGAGCUGUGAUAACAUGCAGCAGCGGAGCAUCCUUGAGACCAUGGAGCAGCAUCUGAAGCAAUUUCAGGUCAAAUCAUUAUUUGACCAUAAGGCUCUUACUCUAAAAUCACAGAAGCAAGUAAAAGUUGAAAUGUCAGGGCCAGUCACAGUUUUAACUAGACAAACCACUGCUGCAGAACUUGAUAGCCACACCCCAGCUUUAGAGCAGCAAGCAAUGCCUUCCUCAGAAAAGACACCAACCAAAAGAACAGCUGGUUCUGUUCUCAAUAAUUUUUUAGAGUCACCUUCCAAAUUACUAGAUACUCCUAUAAAAAAUUUAUUGGAUACACCUGUCAAGACUCAGUAUGAUUUCCCAUCAUGCAGAUGUGUAGAGCAAAUUAUUGAAAAAGAUGAAGGUCCUUUUUAUACCCAUCUAGGAGCAGGUCCUAAUGUGGCAGCUAUUAGAGAAAUCAUGGAAGAAAGGUUUGGACAGAAGGGUAAAGCUAUUAGGAUUGAAAGAGUCAUCUAUACUGGUAAAGAAGGCAAAAGUUCUCAGGGAUGUCCUAUUGCCAAAUGGGUGGUUCGCAGAAGCUGCAGCGAGGAGAAGCUACUGUGCUUGGUGCGAGAGCGAGCUGGCCACACCUGUGAGGCUGCAGUGAUUGUGAUUCUUAUCCUGGUGUGGGAAGGAAUCCCACUCUCUCUGGCUGACAAACUGUACUCCGAGCUCACUGAGACACUGAGGAAAUACGGCACGCUCACCAAUCGUCGGUGUGCCCUGAAUGAAGAGAGAACGUGUGCCUGUCAGGGGCUGGACCCAGAGACCUGUGGUGCCUCCUUUUCUUUUGGUUGUUCAUGGAGCAUGUACUACAAUGGAUGUAAGUUUGCCAGGAGCAAGAUCCCAAGAAAAUUUAAGCUGCUUGGGGAUGACCCAAAAGAGGAAGAGAAACUGGAGUCUCAUUUACAAAACCUGUCCACUCUUAUGGCACCAACAUACAAGAAACUUGCACCUGAUGCAUAUAAUAAUCAGAUUGAAUAUGAACACAGAGCACCAGAGUGCCGUCUGGGUCUGAAGGAAGGCCGUCCAUUCUCAGGGGUCACUGCAUGUUUGGACUUCUGUGCUCAUGCCCAUAGAGACUUGCACAACAUGCAGAAUGGCAGCACAUUGGUAUGCACCCUCACUAGAGAAGACAAUCGAGAAAUUGGAGGAAAACCUGAGGAUGAGCAGCUCCACGUUCUGCCUCUCUACAAAGUCUCUGAUGUGGAUGAGUUUGGGAGCGUAGAAGCUCAGGAGGAGAAAAAGCGAAAUGGUGCCAUUCAGGUACUGAGUUCUUUUCGACGGAAAGUCAGGAUGUUAGCAGAGCCAGUCAAGACAUGCCGGCAAAGGAAACUAGAAGCCAAGAAAGCUGCAGCUGAAAAGCUUUCCUCUUUGGAGAACAGCACAAAUAAGAAUGAAAAGGAAAAGUCAGCCUCCUCUCGUACCAAACAGAUUGAAAAUGGAAGCCAGGUGAAACAGUUGGCAGAACUUCUGCGACUUUCAGGACCAGUCAUGCAGCAGCCCCAGCCCCAACUGCAGAAGCAGCUUCCACAGCCACAGAAGCAGCCACCACAGCUGCAGCAGCCACAUCACCCCUUCACUGAUAACCCUCAGUCAGAGUCUGUCAGCUCUUACACUUCUUCUGGAUCCACCAGUCUAUACACGAGAAGGCCCAAUCCAGUUAGUCCUUAUCCAAGCUCUUCACACACUUCAGAUAUUUAUGGAGGCGCCAACCCGAUGAACCUCUAUUCCACUUCAUCCCAAGCUGCAGGUUCAUAUUUGAAUUCUUCUAAUCCCAUGAGCCCCUACCCUGGGCUUUUGAAUCAGAAUAACCAAUAUCCAUCAUCAUAUCAAUGCAAUGGAAACAUAUCAAUGGACAAGUGCUCCCAAUAUCUGGGUUCCUAUUCUCCCCAGUCUCAGUCCAUGGAUCUAUACAGGUAUCCAAACCAAGAUCCUCUGUCUAAGCUAAAUCUACCACCCAUCCAUACGCUUUACCAGCCGAGGUUCAGAAAUAGCCAGAGUUUUACUUCUAAGUACUUAGGUUACGGAAACCAAAAUAUGCAAGGAGAUGCCUUCAGCAGUUGUACUCUUAGACCAAAUGUACACCAUGUAGGUACAUUUCCUCCUUAUUCCGCUCAUGAGAUGGAUGGCCACUUCAUGGGGGCUGCCUCUCGAUUACCACCCAAUCUGAGCAAUCCAAACACAGACUAUAAAAAUGGUGAGCAUCACCCAUCUUCUCAUUUAAUCCAUAACUACAGUGCAGCUCCGAGCAUGUUCAACAGCUCUCUUCAUGCCCUGCAUCUCCCAAACAAGGAGAAUGACGUGCUCUCCCACAUGGCGAAUGGGUUAUCUAAGACGCUUCCAGGUCUUAACCAUGAUGGAGCUGCUUCUGUCCAAGAAGGCUUCUACAAAGUCCACGACGCUGGCAGUCAGGAAAAGCAGCCCUGUGCUGCCGAGGACAAUGACGAGGUCUGGUCCGAUAGCGAGCAGAGCUUCCUGGACCCUGACAUUGGGGGAGUGGCUGUGGCUCCGACUCAUGGGUCCAUUCUCAUCGAGUGUGCAAAGCGCGAGCUGCACGCCACAACCCCUUUAAAGAAUCCCAACAGGAAUCACCCCACCAGGAUCUCACUCGUCUUCUACCAGCACAAGAGCAUGAAUGAGCCAAAGCAUGGCUUGGCGCUCUGGGAAGCCAAAAUGGCUGAGAAAGCCCGCGAGAAAGAGGAAGAGUGUGAAAAGUAUGGCCCAGACUAUGUGCCUCAGAAAACCCACGGCAAAAAAGUGAAACGGGAGCCCACUGAGCCGCAUGAACCUGCCGAGCCCACGUACCUGCGCUUCAUCAAGUCCCUUGCCGAAAGGACCAUGUCCGUGACCACAGACUCCACAGUAACUACAUCUCCAUACGCCUUCACUAGGGUCACGGGGCCUUACAACAGAUAUAUAUGA